AUGUCAGCCCCGCCCAAGCUCAAAUCAGCACUCAAGAAAACCUCAUCUUCAUCCAACCCAGCUCAGGCUUCUUCGUCUAAAGCCAAAGCAGGUCCAUCAACCACCACUUCCAACUCAAAAGGCAAAUCGAAAGGAUCAGUCACAUUAGCUACUAAACCUACUCGAUUCAAGGGAGAAGAUCUAGAAUCUGAAAGUGAAGGCAACGUAUCUGGCUUCGAAGAUGAAGACGUAGAGAUGGAUACGGACGAAGAGAUCGAGAGGAGUAAAGAGGGCAAAGAAGGCAAGAAAAGUACAAAACGUAAAAGAUCAACAACCACCGCAACAGAGUUCGGAUCCACCUUGACCACCUUACUUGCCGAUCCAUUAACUCAAAAAUCAAAAUCAAAGAAGGCGAAGACAAUCAGCGACACUGCAGGCGAAACGAAAGAGAAGCAGAGAGAGAUUAAGACAGUACAACAGCAACAGCCGAUCUUAGCUUUAUCGGCGCACAAACCACCUGCAAAGUCAUCGGUAUCGCUGGAAGCGAAAGCGAGGAGACAGCUCAAAGCUGAGAAAGAGGAGAAACAGGAUAAAGCGAGAGUGAAAGAUAUCGUAGAAGGUUGGAGUACAGGUGAUGGAGUGAUGGGCGGGAUGGAAUUUGAGAAGAGUUUGAGGAAGACUGCUCAGAGAGGUGUGAUCAAACUUUUCAACGCCAUCCUCCUCGCAUCUAAAAAUUCCGAAGCAGCCAUGACUUCCUUGUCUGCGCAGGCCAAACUGAAACCCGAAGUAGGUAAGAAAAAGGAGAAAGACAAUAUCCUAGGUAGAGGUGGUAACAAGGAGGAUGUUUUGACUAAGGAAAGCUUCCUGGAUAUGGUCAGGAAAGGUAGUACGAGGUAG